AUGGAGUCGACUGGGUUUCUGCCUGGUCUGCACUUCAUCGUCACCAGCCAUCCGCAGGACGCGACCACUUCAGAUACACUACGUCAGAUCCGGUCGCACGCAGCCAAAGAAACGCGUUCGCGCGCGCGUAGAUCGAUCAAAAAGCCGGCCUUCGGUCCUCGAAGGAAAGUCAGGCCCCGUCCGAAGAUAGAUGAGAGCACGCAUGACCCUCAGGGCCUCAAGAAACAGGCAUGCCUCGCUCCAAAAAUUGAAAAGGGCCGAGAGUCUAUUGACCAAAACGCAAUUGAUCUCCCUACCAUAGAGUACUUCGACCCAUAUCAGUCUGCAAAACUUUCCCGUGACGUGGCAUGCUUAGGUUCCGUCCGGCCCUUUUCCGAUAUUGAGAACUUCUUGUUUGAUCACUAUAUCAAUUUUUUCAUCCCUUUUAGUAUUGGCAGCUGCCACAGGAAGAAGAACCCAAACCUCGUCGCCAUCCAGAUGAACCACUGGGUUCCAUUUGCUCUAACAGACGUGGGUCUCAUUGCCGCCGUGUUCUUACAAUCUUGCCGCAGCCUUGCAUCAUUAGCCACGACAAGUGCUUAUGAGGAUCUGUCGACGAAGUAUCGGCUUCAAUGCAUCCGGUCCACAAACGCCUCCCUAUCCAGAGCAGUCACACAGGCCAAUGAUGCGACCAUCAGCAAGGUAAUGAUAUUGGCAUCCGAGGAGUUUGAGCGUGGUAAUUUCGACGGAUGGAACACGCACUCUGUUGCCAUCUCUCGUAUGAUUUCUAUGAGGGGAGGGAUUGAUAACCUUGGAGUCGGUGGGCUUAUGAAGGAAAUUUUAAUUAACACACCGUACUGCUACGGAUUUUCGGAUGAAGAUGGUUAG